AUGAUAAACGCACACACGUCCACUGGUUCAUCCACAGGCAAGCCGCAAUGCUCCUCGGAGGCUUCAGCUCGCUCCUGUGCAGACUUGAGAGGGAUCGCUAAGAGGAUCUUCACACAGGCUUCGGUUGAACUCACAUCUCAGGACUUUGAGUGCGGCCAUCCUACGCCCACGGCGAUGAUCUUCACCCCAGAGCAAGUGGCCUGUGUGUGCGAGGUCCUCCUGCAGAGCGGUUGCAUGGAUCGCCUGGCGGCCUUCCUCCGCACUCUGCCUCCUCUUCCCUCCCUCUGCUCCUCCUCCUCCUCCUCCUCCUCUCCCUGCCCUGGGGAUCAGGAGAGUGUGCUGAAGGCCAAAGCCGCAGUGGCCUUUCACCAGGGCCACUUCAGUGGCCUCUACGCGCUGCUGGAGGGCUUCCCCUUCUCCCCGCGCAGCCACCCGCUCCUGCAGCAGCUCUGGCUCAGAGCCCACUACAUGGAGGCCGAGAGGCAGAGGGGCCGAGCGCUGGGCGCCGUGGGGAAGUAUCGCGUGAGGAGGAAGUUUCCUCUGCCACACACCAUCUGGGACGGAGAGGAGACCAGCUACUGUUUCAAGGAAAAAUCCCGGAACAUGCUUCGCAAGUGGUACCGCCUCAAUGCUUAUCCCUCUACACGGGAGAAGGGGGAGCUAGCGGCGGCCACGGGCCUGACGACCACGCAGGUCAGCAACUGGUUCAAGAACCGCAGACAGAGAGACCGAACCUCAGAAGUUAACGGUUUCCAAAUAUCCGGCUCUGGAGGAGACUCGGCAGAAGUCCAUCUUUCCUCUGACAACGACUUUUCACCUCCAGGAAGCCCACAUCAGCAGCACCACCGCCCUCCACCUCCACCCCUUUCUCACCCACCACCUCCUGUACUUUACAUGUGUAGAGGCCUCGAUUGAGCAUGCCGUUUAAAUGUUUCAUUUGUGACUUCAAUCUACUUUUUGAUUACGGUAGUUUAACAUUAAAAUGUUAAGAAUAUACAUUAUUCUGGUGUCAGUAAACAGUAAUGUUUGUUACCAAAACAUGAUUUGUCCGACAUUAUUCUUAAAACUGAGAGAGAAGUUUGGGACUAUACGGAGAAGUCUUCUGGCGUGUACUAACGUUAAGUAGUAACAUUUAUAACUCAAUAAAUCUUUAUUGCAAA